UUCUAUCUGGAAAUUAGACAACUGGCUGAAUGGUGCACUGAGAUUUUACUUCAUUCGGCAAUACUCUCAAUCCAAUUAAUCUACUUCCGAUGAACAAUAGCUGAUAGACAGAUAAGAUUAAACGACCCUACCAGCAUCAUGGUGGGUGGUCACUUCAAUGAUUCCCCAUUUCCGUUCGUUCCGCAGUUGAUUCAUUGGAUUGCAAUCGAAGACACGGCUUAUCACCUAUCCAAGGCAUCUUCUAAUUGUCGAACGAUCCUCCCGUGUCCAAUCAGGGAUAGGGUAAUGACUGUGGCGACCACUUUUGGGCAUCCUCUAGAUACCAAAAUAGGUGGAGCAAGAAAAGACAGGGUGGCUGAGGUGAAACCCCCUGGUCCCCUGCCUUCCCGUCGAGUCCCUGUUGCUUCACCCCUCGUACGGGGGUCAGACAUCAACUCAAGCGACAGGUUCAUCCAAUAGUUCGGUAAGGAGAUUCCAGAUCGGUCUGCUACCUUGCUCACAUCAGAAAAUUGGGGUCUGA